AUGGGAGAUAAAUCUGAAUCUAAAAAUGAUGCUAUUCGAAAGCGGAAUGAUAUGGGGCUAUACAAGGAUAGUGACAAGAGAGGUAAACAUGAACCCCCUAAUAAGACUAAUGAAGCUGAUGUAAACUUUGAGAAAAAACACAUAGAGUCCUUCCCUGUCAUGGAACCACACUACAUAAGGCAAACUUCUAAGCGUCGUUAUCUGGAUGCUUCGUUAUCCAUCGAUGCUUCGUUAUCCAUCACGAAAAUGCAUCAACUUUAUAAAGACAAGUGCACAGAAAAUAAUAUAAUUCCAGUAUCUGAAAUAACGUACAGAAGAAUAUUUUGUACCCAUUACAAUUUUAGUUUUUUUGCUCCAAAAAAGGAUCAAUGUUUAAUAUGCUCCAAUUUCAACAAAGCUAGAGACGACGAAAAACUAGUGUUGAAAGAGGAAUACACAGAUCAUUUAGCAAGGAAAGCGUCCUGUUACUCGGAAAAAGCGAAGGACAAAGAAAGAGCAGAGAAAGAUAAAGAGUUUCGCUGUGUAACAUUCGACUUACAAGCUGUGUUACAGAUACCUUCUGGACUGGUGGGACAGCUUUAUUAUUAUCGAAAACUAUGUGUUACAAUACACAAUCUCUGUAUAUACGAAGUAGCGCUGCCAAACGACGCAUAUUGUUUUGCUUGGUCCGAAAUUAAUGGGAAACGAGGCAGUUCCGAAAUAGGAAGUAUCCUGUACCACUACCUUUCCACGUGCGUUCCUUCUCAUGUAACCGAAGUUUGUCUGUAUUCUGAUACGUGUGGAGGACAAAACCGGAACCAAUAUGUUGCUGCAUUACUUAUAUUUGCAGUCCAAAACAUUUCUCACUUACGAAAAAUUGAACAUAAGUUUCUUGAAUCAGGACACAGUUACAUGGAGGUGGACAGCAUGCACAGCAGUAUUGAGUCAGCAAAGAAAAAUUCUGAGGUUUACUGCAUGCCUGUUUAA